UGCUACUGUUAAUAAUUAUACACAGCUUUAAACUUGCAGAGCAUAAUACCUUCAUACAUCAAUGGCGAAACCUGCUGCUGUACCAUUCCUGCUCCCCAUCCUCCUCCUCCUCUCAGUUAUUUCCAUUUCUGCUGCUGCUUCUGAAUGCGGUUGCAGAAAGAAGGAAGCUUCAAUAAUGGAAAGUACUCUUCACAGAAAGUUAUUAUUGGAGAAAAUGGUGAUUGGUGAUUUUGGGAAGAACAAGAAGAAGAUGACUAUUAGGGCAAAAGAUCAGCAGCAAGAGGAUUGGGAGCUCCGGAGGGUCCCGGCGGGUCCCGACCCUUUGCACCAUAACGGUCAGGACCCCCACAAGCCCACCACUCCAUAGUCCAUAAUCAAAACCCUACCCUACCCUACACUACCCCUACCCUAUUAUAUAUCCGUAUCUAUGUGUAUCUAUAUAUGCAAUGCAUAUAUAUUAAUCCUCGUACUUAAUAUAUAUAUAUAUAUAUAUUUGUGUUUAAUUUUGUUUGUAAUGUUGUGGUGGUGAAUUGAACAUAUAACU